CCAUUUGGAUCGCUCCGCCCUGGAUCCCGGGAGUCCUUGCCGGUUUUUGGCUUUCUUGUCCCGUUCGUAGUUGGCUUGCCUUCGCUUUUCCUUUCAACAUGACAGAUGCCACUAUGUCUUUCGUUAAGGACUUCCUGGCAGGUGGAGUGGCCGCGGCUAUCUCCAAGACUGCUGUAGCCCCCAUCGAGCGAGUCAAGCUGCUGCUACAGGUACAACAUGCCAGCAAGCAAAUCACCGCAGAUAAGCAGUACAAGGGCAUUGUAGACUGUGUGGUUCGGAUCCCCAAGGAACAGGGAGUUCUGUCCUUCUGGCGUGGUAACCUGGCCAAUGUCAUCAGAUACUUCCCCACCCAAGCUCUCAACUUUGCCUUCAAAGAUAAAUACAAGCAGAUCUUCCUGGGUGGUGUUGACAAGAAAACCCAGUUUUGGCGCUACUUUGCAGGCAACCUGGCAUCGGGAGGUGCUGCUGGGGCCACAUCCCUGUGUUUUGUGUAUCCUCUUGAUUUUGCCCGUACCCGUCUAGCAGCUGAUGUAGGCAAAGCUGGAGCUGAAAGGGAAUUCAAAGGCCUAGGUGACUGCCUGGUAAAGAUCUACAAAUCUGAUGGUAUUAAAGGCCUGUACCAAGGUUUCAAUAUGUCUGUACAGGGUAUUAUUGUCUACCGGGCCGCCUACUUUGGUAUCUAUGACACUGCAAAGGGAAUGCUUCCAGAUCCCAAAAAUACUCACAUCUUCAUCAGCUGGAUGAUCGCCCAGUCUGUCACAGCCAUUGCUGGCUUGAUAUCUUAUCCUAUUGAUACUGUUCGCAGACGCAUGAUGAUGCAAUCAGGUCGAAAAGGAACUGAUAUCAUGUACAAAGGCACACUUGACUGCUGGCGGAAGAUUGCACGUGAUGAAGGAAGCAAGGCCUUUUUCAAGGGUGCAUGGUCCAAUGUUCUCAGAGGCAUGGGGGGGGCCUUUGUGCUUGUCUUGUAUGAUGAAAUCAAGAAGUACACCUAAGUAAUUCCCCAAGGAUCUCUGUGACUAGCCAUGCUGUAUGUCUUGAGCAUUUUUGGAGAGAUUCUGGCCCAUUUAUCGUUGGCAACGAUUUGCUGGUUGAAAAUGGGAAGCAAUAAUACUCAUCUCACCAGUUGUGUCUUAAAAGCUAUUUCUAUGAUGAUAAUAAUAAAGACUCGUUUUUUAUUUCAGAAACUCCUAAUAAAAACAUCUUUGAAAGAAAUAAAAA